CUCUCAAGAUAGAUGAUUUGGUUGCUUGAUGCCUAUUAGGUACUCAGUAUUCCAUGAAUCUAUCGAUUGCAUGGUUAAUUCCCCAAUUGAAUUUUAUAAAUCUAAAACGUGCCCGGUGGCGGUCAGUCGGUUGUGUGUUGUGGAACAAAAUAAAACGAAAAAUAUGAACAUUAGAAAUCAACUGGUAGCCAGCUAAUGAAUGAAUGAGUGCAUGAAUCAAUGGAAACAGCAACAACAAAACAACAGAAAUUCAAGUGCGUCUGAUCUACUACUUCAGAAUUGACAUCAAACGGAAGGUCAUCUGUGUGUGAACGUUGUUUUGGGAUGGGGGCAAAUGUGACAUCACCAACAACAUCAUAACAUCGAAGUUGUGAAGAAAAUUAUUACAGAAAAUAAGAAACUGCGCAAAGACAAUUGUUGUAGGCUAUAAUUCCCCAACUACCUCAUGUAGAUGUAAUCGAUUCUGUCCAAAUUUUUGUUAAGAACGUGACGUGAUUUUAGAUAUUGCUUUACAUGUACGUGAAGAAGUUACAGCCUCAAGAUUUUGUAAGCGAAACUUUAUAAAUUGUUGGUAACUUAACGAAAAAUCACAUCAAUUUUAGGAGUUCGUUGGUCAGCUCUCCAUAAAUCUCUUCAUAAGUGUUUUAAUCAUAAAAGGAAGUUAAUAUAUUUCAACGAAACCCAAUUGUGUGCCUUGCAGAGUGCUGUGCUGUGCUGUGUGCGUGUGUGCCUGCGGCGGACACAAGGAACGCAAAAACACCUUGAAAACAAAAAGACAGAAUGCAGUUUUUUCAAAAAAUUUUACUUACAUUUACUCUAAUCAUCACACUAACUUCACACAAAUGUUUAGUCUAUAGCAGUGGCAGUUCACCGGGUGACACAAUAGCUGGUGGUCAGAUACCGGCGUCGGGGGCGCAGCUGCAACAGCAGAAGGCCCCGGCGGCGGUACAUCAUGCGUCACAGGCGCAACAUCAGCAUCAACAACAGCAACACCAGCAGCAACAACAACAACCGCAUCAUCACCCGCAACAAUACCAACAUCAGUAUUCUUCCCAUGGCAUCGGUGGCGGUGGCUUGCCACAUCAUCAGCAUCCAUCACAAGCAGCUAUUAUAAAUAGUCAACAACACCAACCGGCUGUGUAUCACCAGCAGCCAUCCCACAGUGGUCAUGCUGAACCUAAAAAUACCUAUAAUCUGUUAAGCGAAGCCAUGUCACAGGCUGUUAGCAAUGAAUUUAGCUCUCUAGGAAGUGGUUCUGCCGACGGUGCUUGCCAUGCUGAUGAUAUCGAUUGUUACAAUGUCCAAGAUCGUUUGGGCAUGGAGGCCAUUAGAACUUUGCAUCAACAGUUAGAUGACGAUGAUAAUGGCAAUAUUGAUUUAAGCGAAUCCGAUGAUUUCCUGCGCGAAGAGUUAAAAUACGACUCGGGUUAUGAAAAACGUCAAAAAGCUUUCCAUUUCAAUGAUGAUAUGCAUAUUUCUGUUAAGGAAUUGUGGGAAGCAUGGUUGAGAUCAGAGGUGCACAAUUGGACCAUUGAACAAACAACAGAUUGGUUGGCUCAAUCAGUACAAUUGCCUCAAUAUGUGGAUCUAUUUAAACAACAUAAGGUAUCGGGAGCAGCCUUACCAAGAUUGGCUGUUAACAAUAUGCAUUAUGUUAGUAAUGUGUUGGGCAUCAAGGAUCCCAUACAUAAACAAAAAAUUGCCCUUAAAGCUAUGGAUGUGGUACUAUUUGGACCACCAAGAGAGACUGGUACCCGCUGGAAGGAUUACAUUUUAGUUACCUUAUUGUUAAGUGCUAUAAUAGGCUGUUGGUAUGCAUAUCAACAAAAUAAAAAUGCCAAAAGACAUUUGCGGCGCAUGGCCCAAGAUAUGGAGGGUCUGCAAAGGGCCGAACAAAGUCUACAGGAAAUGCAAAAGGAAUUAGAACGAGCUCGUUUGGAGCAGGAAAAUGUUGCCACCGAAAAAAUGGAUUUAGAGCGUCGCCUCAAAGAAGUACCCACCUUAACAUCUUCCAAUUCAGAUUUGGAAGUACAACAAUUGAAAAAAGAAAUCGAAAUGUUACGCACUGAGUUGUCGCGGGCCGAAAUUGAAUUGGUCGACAAUUGUUGGGCCCCACCGCCCCAAUUGCAGUCAUGGCUGCAAUACACCUAUGAAUUGGAAAGUAAAAAUCAUUUAAAGAAACGCGUUGCCGCCGAGAGGCAACUGCAGUCGGCCCGUGAAGCCUGUGAGAAGUUGCGUAAAAAACGUUCCAGUUUGGUGGGUGCUUUCGUCUCGACACAUGGCAAGAGUAUCGAUGAUGUGGAUCGUUCUAUUGUCGAGGCACGUAACUCUCUGGGAGAGGUGACAAACGAAUUGCAAGAACGUCUGCAUAGAUGGAAACAAAUUGAACAAUGUCUGGGCAUGAAUAUUGUCAAUAACAAUGGUCUAUCGUAUUUGGAAAGUGUGUUGUAUGGCCGAAAUGGUGGCGGUUCUUCCAUUAAGAGUUCGAGAGGUCGUAUUACUAGCAGCUCCGAUGAAUUAGAUGAUGAAUCUGUUCAAGAAAUCUUAUAUAUUUAUCCAGGUAUUAUCGAUGGUUAUAAUCGUAAUUCGGCCCUAAGCGGAUCUGCCAUUUUGAAUAGUAGCUCGAAUACGGUACGUGAUGAAUCGUCGGGCAGUGAGGACAAUGUGGAAUCUCAGUCUGUGCAAUUUUAUUUGGGCACAGCUCCAACGGCGACCAUAAGCGCAAGUGCCGUCACAACGCCGGUAAUCUCACAACGUACACCGUUGCCAACACCUUCGCCCCUAGAAGCGUACAAUCACAUUGGUGGUGUUGUGUCUAGCAAUCAUGCUGGAAAUGUUGUUAAUUCGAGUAAUGCUGCUGCUGUUACUGCUGCAUCAUCUGCUUCCUAUAAUGACAGUGUUUUUAUGAUACAUGACGGUAAUCGUCACAGUCCCUCAGUUUCAUCCGAACGUUCAGAUCGUUCAUCGAUUACGGUCCCGCCGCGUACGAAAAAACUCAAUCACAGUAAUGUGUCAUUGUCGUUGACGACAACAGCGGUGGCGAACGCAACGACAACUAGUCACAUAAGUACACCAUCAAUGCAACCAUCAACGCCACCCUCAUCAACAUCGAGUGGUGUUGCUGGUGGCGGUAAUCCUCUUGGAGGAGGUGGUCGUGCACCAAUACCUCCACCACGAAAAUCGAACCAAAGCCCUCUACUAAGAUCGCAAAGUUCGGAUUUGAUGACAGACAAAGAUCUAUAUACCCUAUUGGGAAGACCACAACCGCGAAACACUCAGCAAACACUAAAUAAGCAAGCAAUUAACAAUAACAAUAAUAACAACAACAGCAACACAGGACCAAUAUCAAUGGGAGGAGGAGGAGCAACAGCAGUACCCACAGCUAUGGGUGCUGUUGGAAAAUCUGUAACCGUAGGCGGUGGUAAUAAGACCAAGAAAAUGGUCAAACAACACAGUACCGCAAGUCAACAAUCUACCUCAUCGACAUCAUCAUCAGUGCAAUCAGCACCAGAACAAGGGGCGGCCAGUAGUAGCAAACAACAAUCGCCCAGUCGUUUUUCAACCUCCUCCUUGGAACGACAAUUAAUGCAACAGCAUCAAUACCACCAACAUCUACUGAAUAAACCACCCAAAUCUGUGACACCCAUGACAUUUCCUAGCCUUGAUAGAGACUUCCUGUCAUCGGUUUCAACUCUACAAUCGGCUGGAAGCUUAAAAUCAGAGGAUUUGAUAUUAGCCGCCACUCACCUAACCGAUUCAAUGACCAACAUUUCGGAUACUUAUCACAGUGAUACCCAACUUAACAAAUCGGAUGAAAGUGCUGCAGCUGGCGGUAAUGGUACUGUCAAGAAACGCAAAAAAGGUUUACGUUUUGGCUUUGGCAGUAAGAAAAGUAUUUCAAGUUCUUCGGAUACUAGCACAAAAUCAAAAAAUACAUAGUUAAGUAAGGGCAUGCAAAAAGUAUUUACAAAAUAUUUAUGUAGCAUGAUGACAAAAACUAAGGGAGGGGGUAGGAGUCAAUUAUGAGAAACAUGGCCGAAUUGUAAUAACCUAAAGCAAUAAAUUUGGACUAGUUCAAAAAGUCUUCCAUUUUAAUUCGUCGUCUAAAACCAAAAGUGGAUAUUAAGAAUAAAAAAGACAUGCCAACAACGUUUGAUGAGGUACUAACGUGUUUUUGUAGAUCUCUUAAUUGGCUCUGUAUUAUUUUUAUCUCUCACCCACUCACAUCUAAUUAUGGUUAGUGCCUUGAUAUUUUAUUAAAAAAAUGUAUAUUUAUGUAAAAUACUAUAUGGAUGGACCCCAAAUGAAGGAGGAGACUUUAUUUUUCUCCUUCAAAAAUCUUGCGCCAUGACCUUUGAUAUGUUUUGUUUGGGUCCAAACUUCUUAAAAAUAGAAACUUAUUUUAUGUAAAAAGAUAUUUUUCCCAUCACCACACGUCCAAAAUAGGGGUGAGAGAUCACGGAUUUUCCCUGGAAAAUUGAAAUAUUAAUUUUUCUAUAAAAAAAAAGCUAUCAGAUCGAAUAUUUUUUCUUGCCAACUCUAAAUAUGAAUACCAAUUAAUUUGUUUGUUGCCACAUAUAGCGCUGGAACUAUUCCUGAACAAAAUCCUUUUAAUAUUGAAAUGCAUAAUCUAAUCUAAAAGUAUAGUGUUUUGCAUGCGUCUUUUACUUUUAAAAACAUAUACUUAACCCUCGAAUGCAGACUUGAUUGAGAAUAUUGAAGAAAAUUCGUAACAGCAAGAGGAAAGAGUGUAAGAUGAACCAUGCAAAGUUGAUAGAUGGAUUGGUAGUUAAAAUGCCCGUUAAAAGCAUCCAUUUUAAAUACGGAAGAGCUUAAAACCAUGACAAAUGUCGAGGACUUUCCUAUAGAACCCAUUCCGAAAGGGGUGAGCUCAGACCUUUAAAAGUACUUCUAAGCCAAGCAUACUGAAGAUCUUCUGUAGGGGCUGGAUUUAUAAAAAUUCAUCUAGGGGUUUUUUAUGCAUAGAAGAACUUUGCAGGUUUUCUAUUUAUAAAAUACUUUGUUGAAGGUCUUUGUAAAGAGGAAUUUUUAUGGUUUUUUGUGAAUGGAAGACCUUUUGUAAGUCUUCUAUGUAUAAAAGUUCAUCUCUACGUUUUCUGUAUAUAGAGGUCAUUCUUUAGAUCUUCUGUAUAAAACAUCUUCUGCAGUUAUUCUAUAUACAUAAAAUACCUUCUGUAAGUCCUCUGUGGUAGGCCUGUAGGUCUUCUAUGAACAGAAGUUCAUCUCUACGCCUUCUGUAUAUGGAGGUCCGUCUUUAGUUCUUCUAUAAAAAAACAUCUUCUGUAGUUCUUCUAUAUAUAUAAAAUACCUUCUGUAAGUCCUCUGUAUAUAUAGAUGGUCUUCUGUAGGUCCUCUAUGUCAGCUGUCUAGUUUUUGUGAAAUUAUUCGCAUCCCUUUUGCUGGCAAUUUUGAUAUCCCAUGGUCAAGAAUUCUUCGUACCUCAGAGCUUGUGACACCUGUGCAGCCAAAAUUCAUUUUCCGGUAUUCUCAGUUGAGUCUGCUUCCGUGAAUCUCGGGGAUAAUAUUUCAUUGAUUUUGUAGCACAGUAUUGAUUUCAGCGAUUAUACAUACAUAUAUAUAUAUAUUUUAAAUAAAUUCAAACGAUUUUUUAACUAUAACAUGACCAUAAAACGUAGAUGAAUGUGUGUUUUUUAAGAAAAACAUAAAACAAAUAUCUUUGCAUUUUCUUGUAAUGAAAAUUAAAUGAUAUUUUGUUUUUUUUUUUGUGAAAUGGUCUUGCGAAAUUUCGAAAUAUUGAGUAUUUUAUUCAUGUUAAUUUUUUGGUCUUUGUCUUAUUAAAUAUUCACUAGUUUUACACAUUAAACUGCACUGAAUGUUUUAUUUUUUGAGAAACAGAGAGAACACCAUUUAAAUAUAAUUUUUAAUAAUAUUUUACAACUCAACCGAGAAUUUGGUUUAAUUUUUAUACUUACUUCUAUUUGAUAUAAAUAUUUUGCAAUAAUAAUUUUCAUAAAGUCUUUUACUAUUAUUUAUUUGAAAAAGAAAGAGUUUUAAAUAUUUUCUCUCAUUCUCUCUCUCUUUCUCGUUUUGGAACUGUAUGACGUACUUAUUAUAAAGAAAACACUUAAAAAUGGCCAAACGCACUUUCCAAGCAUGCCUUAUUCGAGGACAGCAACUCCAAUACUAUUUUCUUUUCUAACAUCUUGAUCCAUGAAUCAAACAUGACAUUAAAUUAUAUUCCCCACUAUUGCUUCCCAAUAGCUAAUAAUUUAUAGUUAUAAUUAAUAAAUAUUAAAGAAAAAAAACUCUUGUAGUCAAUAAAAUUUAAAAAGCAACAAAAUCACUUCCUAAUUAGCCAAUUAAAAUUUUUUGAAAAAAAAAAUGUUUUUAUUACCCCCAGAUAUGCUUUAAUUUAAAAAAAGCUUUUGCUUUUCUCCUCCACAAUUUUUACCAUGAAAUGAUAUUAGAGAACAAAUUUGUGUUUCUUUGUGCAACAUUUACUUAAAAAGUUUAUAUUUUUCUCAACAAUUCAAUACGCAAUUGUUGUUGUAGGAGAGCAAUACACAAAUAAAAUGAAUAAAA